CUCGAGGACUGUGGGACUAAGUGUAUCAGCCGAAUUGCCAUUGUUAAGGUUUAAUUUCAAAUAAUAAGGCAAAUAGUGUAAUUAAAUAAUUGAUUUACAUAUAAACGUCGAACAUCUUGAACCGCAACCGUGUUUGUUUUGCGGCGAUUGUUGCGUCGUUUGUGUUUGUGUGCGUCGUGUGUGCGCUUGUGGGCGUGAUCUGCCCUGACAGCUGUAAAUCACACAGAGCAUACGACGUAGAUUUAAUUGAAAAGAGAAUAGAAAAGCAUUUGAGAUAUUAAAAGUGAAGUGCAAAAUUAAAUCAACAUCAGUGACACCUACAGGUGCAGGGGGGUUAACCGUAAACCCUGAAAAGAUGUCCACCGCAUUUUUAACGCUCGUCGCCGUCAUUGUGUGCAUUUUAUUUCGCAUACUCAAUGUGCACAGCCAGCCACUGAAGCCGAGCGUUUGGUGUCUCGAUGAGCAGUUUCUCGAUUGUUUGUACAAAAUAGCGCCGGUGCUGCGUGAACCCUAUAUACCGCCGCGACUGUGGGGAUUCAGCGGACAUGUUCAGACCGUAUUGCAUAGCAUUGUGGGCCGUGUUCGAUGCCCCUGGCCUCUGGGCGAGCGUGUCUACCUCUCCCUGCCGGAUGGCUCCACACUAACAUAUGAUUUGUAUCAGCCGCUCAAGGAGCAGGAGGAUGACGUCACAGUCGCCAUUUGUCCGGGCAUUGCGAACAGUUCAGAAUCAGUUUAUAUACGCACUUUUGUCCAUUUGGCGCAGUGCAAUGGUUAUCGCUGUGCCGUAAUGAAUCACAUUGGCGCCCUGCGUACCGUUCAGGUGACCUCGACACGGAUAUUCACCUAUGGUCAUACAGAGGAUUUUGCUGCGAUGGUCGAGCAUCUGCAUCAGAAGUAUCAGCUGAGUCGCAUGGUUGCCGUCGGCUUCAGCCUGGGUGGCAAUCUCGUCACCAAGUACAUGGGCGAAAUGCAGAAGGCGAAACCGAGUAGUGUCAUUGGAGGUAUAUCCAUUUGCCAGGGCUACAAUGCCGUUGAGGGCACAAAAUGGCUAUUGAAUUGGCAAAACUUCCGACGCUUCUAUUUGUACAUCAUGACUGAGAAUGUGAAGAGCAUCAUAUUGCGCCAUCGCCAUGUGCUGCUCUCGGAUGAGGUGAAGGCGCGUCACAAUCUCAACGAGCGUGAUAUUAUUGCUGCGGCAACAUUGCCGGAACUGGAUGAGGCUUAUACGCGCCGCGUUUACAAUUUCCCAUCGACACAGGAGCUCUACAAGUGGAGCUCGUCUCUCUUCUAUUUCGAUAAUAUUGAGAAACCAAUGAUAUUUAUUAAUGCCAAGGAUGAUCCGCUCGUUCCGUUAGAUCUGCUGCUACCCAUCAAGGAGUAUGCCACCACUCGACAAAAAUCAGCAUAUGUGGAGGUGGCACACGGCGGCCACCUGGGAUUCUAUGAGGGCGGUUUCCUAUAUCCGAAUCCAGUAACUUGGCUGGAUCGCACGCUGGUUGCCAUGGUCGGGUCCUUGGUCAUGAUGCAUGCAGGUGGCAGCAAAGUGGGCGCAUAGGAACACGAAUCAUUCUCAAUAUAUAUCAAUAAUGCCGCAGACCUAACAAAAUCUUUUUGUAUUUUUUAGCCAAAAUUUCAUAUCGCAGUCAAAAUAAUUAGAAAGUUAAACGCGAAAUAUUAUCAGAAAAAAAAAAUCAGAUCAUUUUUAGUGUAAAAGAGGCUAAUUAGGUCAUUUAAUUGAUGUACACUUUCGAAUGUGAAUUUAAAACAGAGUGUUGAAAUUUAUUGUAUUACAUUUACUUUUUGACAAGUUUUUGCAAAAGUUAAACUAACAUAUGAAAAGCGAAAUGUUUUAGAUGUAGACGUUAAUUUAUGUAAUAGUUAGUAACGCACAUACCAUGUACUUAUUUGUAAGCAAAUUCAUAUUAAAUAGUUUUAAAUUCAACUUAACCGCGUGAAACACAACCAAACCAACAAUAUCUGUCUGAGUGUUAACUUAAGCAGUUAAGAAGAAUUUAUAAAAAUAAUAAUAAAAAAAAACUGAAUUGUAUGUCCUUGGCCGCAACGUAAAAACAAAAAUUGCCUUAUUGUAGAUUUUUAUAUGUGUAUAUGAUUUACAAGUCCCUUUUUAUAUAAUUAUAUAUAAAUGUAUUGUAGACUAUUUACGACGAAGCAUUUCAAUAUAUCAAAAUAUGAAACAAAA